AAGCGAUCCGCACGUUUCUAUACACACAUCGCGUUGAAAGGUGUUCAGUGAACGUGAACGUCUCCUCUAUUCAAAUACAAGUUCCUAGGACGGGUGUGUUUCACGCCGAGCACAGUUCUCUGUGGCUGUAUAACUGCGUAUUUGUGUGGUCCAUCAAGACAAACCAUGACGCAGAUGCUGCUGUGCACACUGGUCUCCUGCCUCAUCACAACAGCACAGAGAGCGUCUGGACAGGAAGUCGACACCACGCAUGGCAAAGUUGUUGGUCUGAGAGCUUCCGUCCUUGGCAAGUCCAUCGACACCUACUAUGGUAUUCCUUAUGCUAAACCCCCCAUAGGUGAUCUUAGGUUCAAGUACCCACAACCAAUUGACCCUUGGCGACCGGAGGUCAAGGACGCACUUUCAAUGAAACCAUCGUGCCAUCAAGCAGCUCAAUCUGCAUACGGAAUGCCUUGGAGAGCAAUUCCACCCCUCUUCAGUGAGGAUUGUCUCUACAUCAAUGUAUGGGCGCCAGCUAAUGUCACAUCGAAUACGAAACUCGCAACCCUGGUAUGGAUCUAUGGUGGAGGGUUUGUGACGGGAUCUAUUAACACGCCUUUGCAUAAUGGUCAGUAUCUUGCUGCUGAAAACAACGUCAUCGUGAUGUCCAUGAACUAUCGCCUGGGUGCUCAUGGCUUCUUAUAUCUUGGACCCGACACGUUUCCUGGUAACCAAGGUCUCAUGGACCAGGCUCUUGCCCUGCAGUGGAUACAGAACAAUGUUGAAAAAUUUGGCGGAGAUGCAAGCAUGAUCACCUUGUUUGGAGAAAGCGCGGGGGCAGCAUCGAUUGGGCUUCAUUUGUUAUCGCCCAUAUCACGCGACUUCUUCACGCGGGCCAUUCUUGAAAGUGGGUCCCCAGAUGCAAAAUGGGUAUCGAUGGAACCAUCGAAGGCUAUCAGAAGCACCAGAAGACUUGCGGAGCUGUCGAGCUGUUCUGGAAAAUCCGAUGCUGACAUUUUCCAAUGUAUCAAAGACCUGCCUUCAGAAACGAUAUUACAGUAUCAGGCUCUCGUUUCUGGUGUUGGUUCUGACGCAUUCAUUCCUGUCGUGGAUGGUCAUUUCUUACCAGACUCUCCAUCAUCUCUCGUGCAGAAAGGCCAAAUGAAGCAAGCGGAAAUACUUCUGGGAGUGAACGAACAUGAAGGCAUUAUAUUCCUCUUAUUACUUAUGCCAACAAUAUUUUCCCCGCUUGCAAAUCAACUAAAUGUCAACAGACAACAGUUUCGAACGACUGUAGAAACGUUAGCAGCAUUCAAUGGUCAGUCAUCAACAAUGGUCGAAGCAAUUAUGGCUCAAUAUGCUGACGUUCACGUCCCCUCUCUACAUCCAAACUACGUGGACAGUGCGGACGGUGUCUAUGGAGACGGUAGCUUUAAGUGUCCAGUUGCCAGAUUGGCGGCUUCAUAUUCUGCCAAAAACAACGUUUACUUGUAUUCCUUCAAUCAUAGGAUCUCCUCGUUACCACUGCCGCCGUGGGUGGGAGUCCCUCAUUCGUUUGAGAUCGAGAUGGUAUUUGGGCAUCCUCUUGGCAAUGCCUUUAUUGCAUCGGAGGCGGAGAAGUCAACAUGUCGGAGUAUGAUGACAUAUUGGACGAACUUUGCUAAAACUGGCAACCCCAACCUGCCGGAAACACCCAGCUUCCAGUGGCCUGGAUACAACACGAUGGAUGAACGCUUCCUUGUCUUCUCUGAGUCAGGACAAUCCACAGACCAGGGCAUGAGAAAGCAGCAGUGUGUUUUCUGGAACAGUCUCGUGCCACUGAUAAACAAGAAGGAGGAAACAUCUACAGGCUCCGGCACAACAACUGAGAACGUUGUUUACAGAUGUCACACCAGUGGAAGCAGGAUGUCAUUUACCGUGAACAUGUGCCUUGUUGCUGUACUUGCAACUUUAGUAAGUGUUUGAACUUGGAGCGAUAUCGUCAAUUACAUUGUGUUUGUGGUCAUGUGUAGCUGUAGGUCUUCAAGCCUUAUAGACUAGAUCGAUAACUAUCUCUAAUGAAUCAGCUGACACGAAUUUGCACAAACAUUUCGAAAAAGAUCAGCUGUAUGACCAUUCCUCCAAGACCAAUUUACGCCUUAAAAGCGUGGUCUCAGCGCGAUGAGAUUCAUAUUGCUCAUUACGGAACAGCAAAUAUAAUUAUUUAAUUAAGCAUUUUAAUUUUAUUUACUUACUUGUUUUUGUAUGUAGCUUAAUUGUACUUACAUGUUUGGAAAAAAAAACACACCCAAAACACACCAUCAGAAGGAUGACAUGCCCCAAAUUAGUGUAUAGCAAAUCCUAUUGUAUUUUGUUUGUUUUUUUAUGCAAUUUUCUUUCAAACCACUGCGUGUAGGAUAACGUUUUACCGUUAGAUGUACUCAUGUAUAUGUAUGUACAAUUUGUGACACCUAUUGUUGGUGUAUGUCGUUUUGAUAUCCCUGGAAUAUUUCUAAAGCCAAAACUAUAGUCACACACUGUGCGUAUUGUAUGUACGUUAAUGACAUGGGCAUGCGAUAGGACUAUUAAAAUUAGAAUUACCUCGUUGAUAGCGCCGUCAAAUCUAUAGAAAACAUAGCUCUGCAUUGCGAAACACUGUUUUGGAAAGGCAAUGCAAUUUGAUGUUCAAUCGCAAAAGUGAAAUAAGAGAAUGCUGGAAUGUGAUAAUAUAUUAAUAGUUCUCCUUCGCUGACAAAUAAUAUCUUCAUGUAUUAGAUGAUUUGCUUUAGCAGUUAUGUGCUGGAAAAUAAAGUAUUAUACCAUA